AUGGAGUCAAACUCGUCUCCGACUCAGUUCUCGCUAACGAUCCUCUUCGUGAACCCUAACACCAAGGUGUCUGUCUCUUACUCUGUCAUCGACGCGUUCCUCCGUAACAGUUCUGACGAUGACGUGGCCAUCACGAACCUUCCACCGUUCUCUCAGUCGAGGCGCGAGUGGACACGUGUCACCGCGCAGUUCGAUCUGGGUCAAGAUGGAACCUUUGUUAUAAAUAACAAUGUUAGUAAUAACGGGUCACUGGAAUUUGGGAUAAAGUUGAUUACUUCGGUGAAGUUUAAUUAUGGGGUUUUCCGUGCUGGGCAUCGUGAGUUGAAAGCUGCGUGUUACCCUUUGAAGGUUGUGUUUGGUGCUCGUAAUAAUAAUAAUAAUAAUAACAAUGGAACUGGAAAUGGAACUGCUGUCAUGCAUGAUCCUUCGGAUUGGUGCUCUGUUUGA